CAGCGGCUGGCACUCAGCCUCCAGAGCACCGGCACUGCCACUGGCCUUGGCACGCACUAUGGCAAAUGAAGUGCAAGUCCAGCUCUCCCCACUGAAAGGGGGGCGUCCUCCUGCAGGAUUAUUAAUGCAUUUUAAUUGCUCAUUAGAACAUCUGAGCUCCUCCAACAUCGGAAGUUUGAGGUCUGGGAAGCAAGUAAAAGCUGGAGGAAAGCGAAUUUCCAAAAAACAGGAAAUUGGCAUCUUGGAGAGACACACCAAGAAAACAGGGCUAGAAAAAACAAGUGCCAUUGCAAAUGUUGCCAAAAUACAGACGAUGGAUGCCCUGAAUGACACGCUGGAGAAGCUCAGCCAUAAAUUUCCAGCAGUAGUGCACAUGGCACAUCAAAAACCCAGACCUGCUCUGGAGAAGGUCACUCCACUGAAAAGGAUCUACAUUAUUCAGCAGCCUCGAAAAUGUUAAGCUGGGACGUAAAACACAGCCGUCUAGCCAACUGCCUCAAAUGUCUGAGAGCUUAGCAAAAAGGACCACACUUUUCCUAGGCCUAGUGUACUUGCUUGAUAAAUAAAACAGCUUUUAUAUCUUCUUUUGUGACUUCAGAUAAUAAAACAUUCAAAAUUGCAAAUCCAA